UGGUUUUAUUUAAUCAUGUUAUUAUAGAAUAGUCUAUAUAACCUGAUAGUUGCCUUUCACCUGGUUUUAUUUAAUCAUGUUAUUAUAGAAUAGUCUAUAUAACCUGAUAAUUGCCUUUCACCUGGUUUUUAUUUAAUCAUGUUAUUAUAGAAUAGUCUAUAUAACCUGAUAGUUGCCUUUCACCUCUAUAGGAUGUUGCGCAUGCAGCCCUCGUGCACCCUUCCUGCUCCUCCUCGUGUUAGUAUCCAGCGGGACACUCCGCAGUUCUCUUAUCCCGUUCGUCUCCUUCUCUUUCCUCUGUUGCCUUUUCUGCGCGCACGACGUCUGCAGCAGCAGCAGCAGCAGCAGCAGCAGCACAGUGAUUCAGUGAGAGAGCAAGUCAGUCAGUCCUCUCUGCCAGCUUUUAGGAUGAAGGCAGGACUCUUUCCACAGUGUUCCGAUGGAGAACCGGAGCUGCUUCUGUCCCGGUGAUCAUCUCUUCUAGAGGAAGACAUUUAACGCUUUCUUUUCUUUCUUUUCUUUCUUCAUUUUUCAACACAAUGUGGGACGCGCGUUCCUCUCUGCGCUGCGUGGAGUGCGGAGUGCUCUCUCUGCUUCAGUCGUGGUCGCUUGACUAAAAAAAGGGGGAGAUCCCGGCUCCCUUUGCAUCCUCUCUACUCCUCUUAGGAACAACAGGAGUUUGCAUGCAAAAGGUGGUUUAUCUCGGCAAGCCAUGGAGGGACUUGCCUAAAGAGGAUCCAACAUAAUUCAAUUUUUUUUUUCUAUUUUCUGUGUCAUCGUGACAUCCUCCCCAACAAGUCUCCUUUUCCAUCACCAUGGCUGAGAAGAUUGGACCAGCGGGGCUCAAGCCCACCAACAUCCUGAACGCUCCCUCCCUGCCCCCCGAGCCCAUCGACAUCAUCCGCACCAAAGCCCGCUCCCGUAGAGUCCGCCUUAACGUCGGGGGCCUGAACCACGAGGUCCUGUGGCGGACCCUGGACAGGCUACCCAGGACCCGGCUCGGCAAGCUUCGAGACUGCAACACCCACGAGUCCCUGAUGGAGGUGUGCGACGACUACAGCCUGAACGAAAACGAGUACUUCUUCGACCGGCACCCGGGGGCCUUCACCUCCAUUCUGAACUUUUACCGCACGGGCAAACUGCACAUGAUGGAAGAGAUGUGCGCCCUUUCCUUCGGCCAGGAGUUGGACUACUGGGGGAUUGACGAGAUCUACCUGGAGUCCUGCUGCCAGGCCCGCUACCACCAGAAAAAAGAGCAGAUGAACGAGGAGCUGCGGAGGGAGGCAGAGACGAUGAGGGAGAGGGAGGGGGAGAUAGAGUUUGAUAACACCUGCUGCCCAGACAAGAGGAAGAAGCUGUGGGAUCUCCUGGAGAAGCCCGGCUCCUCGGUGGCUGCCAAGUUUCUCGCCAUCAUCUCGAUCCUGUUCAUCAUCCUCUCCACCAUCGCUCUGUCUCUCAACACCUUACCGGAGCUCCAGGUCACGGACGAGUUCGGCCAGCUCAAUGACAACCCCCAGCUGGCCCACGUGGAGGCCGUGUGUAUCGCCUGGUUCACCAUGGAGUACCUCCUUCGCUUCCUCUCCUCUCCCAAUAAGUGGAAGUUCUUCAAAGGCCCGCUGAAUGUCAUUGACUUGCUGGCCAUCCUGCCCUACUAUGUCACCAUCUUCCUAACUGAGUCCAACAAGAGCGUGCUGCAGUUCCAAAACGUGCGCCGUGUGGUGCAGAUAUUCAGGAUCAUGAGAAUAUUGAGGAUCCUGAAGUUGGCCAGGCACUCCACGGGGCUCCAGUCUCUAGGGUUUACCUUGAGAAGGAGCUACAAUGAACUGGGGCUGCUUAUUUUAUUUCUUGCCAUGGGCAUCAUGAUAUUUUCCAGCUUGGUGUUCUUUGCUGAGAAAGAUGAAGAUGCCACCAAAUUCACCAGUAUCCCUGCCUCAUUCUGGUGGGCAACCAUUACGAUGACUACAGUGGGCUAUGGUGACAUUUACCCACAGACUUUACUUGGAAAAAUAGUGGGUGGGCUCUGCUGCAUUGCAGGGGUGCUGGUAAUCGCCCUACCCAUCCCCAUUAUUGUCAACAACUUCUCUGAGUUCUACAAGGAGCAGAAGAGGCAGGAGAAGGCCAUCAAGAGGAGAGAGGCACUGGAGAGAGCCAAGAGGAAUGGCAGCAUUGUGUCAAUGAACCUAAAGGAUGCCUUUGCCCGCAGUAUGGAGCUGAUGGACGUGGUGGUGGAGAAAGGAGAGGACAAAACCUCGCUGGACAACCACCUGUCACCUAACCGCUGGGGUAGCUCAACCAGGCACGCCUCAUCCGAGACUGACCUCAAAUCUCCAGAUAACAGAAACCCUGAGCCGCAAUGCUCCCCUCAUCACAUAACCAUCACCACCACUGGAAGCCCCCAGCUGACCAACAGGACCCCGCAGCACCUCAAUGUGCAGAAACUGGAGGAGAUGUACAACCAGAUGACCAAGUCGCAGUCCUUCACCAACCUCAACACUACAAGCUCCAUGAGCACUCUGAGCACAACCAUGACCGGCCCUGCCUCACCUAAGAAAUCUCAAAGCCCUGAAUUUACAUUAAAAGAGGAAGUAGAGCUGGAGAUGAAGGAGGUCCAACCCUCCUCGCAAGAUAACUUUGCGGGCAGCUCAGCAGACUUUAGAGAACAAGACUCCAACUCAGAUGAGGAACAUGCUGGGCCCCGUCAAAUCAGACACCCCAGGGCACCACCCUUUCUGGAUCUUAGCCAACUGAGGGCCAUUGAUGACGACGGCUCUCCUGGCAUCAUAAUCGGAGAUGGCCUCUAUGAGCCCCUCAACCCAGGUGACGGAUCGGAGCUCCACAUAGAAGAAGGGGAGAGCUUUAACAGUGCUGUAGAGAAUAUCCAGACCUCUCCAAGAGGGAAUAACCCUCUUAAAAUAAAGGAGUUGAAGGUCAACUUCCCCAAGACCUCCGCUGAAGGCCCGCUAACACCGCCAAGCACUACCUCUCCUGGAGACAUCAGCUGCAGCAUCCUGGAAGACGAGUCCCCAGAGGGAGAGACGUCACCGCUCAUCCCCAGCACAGGAGAAGUGUUCCCAGUCACAGAGGAGGAGUUGUCCCCUAAGAGGCUGGUGGUCGACACCCCACCCGGCGACGAAGAUCAAGCCACAGAGAACCACGAGGAGAAGCAUCUGAUGGAGGUGGCGGGCGCUGCAGUCGCACCCUUGUCGCCUAAGACAGCAGCACAAAAUUGUGUGGCAGGCGAGGACGUCAAGGCUGACAGCAACCAAAGUGGACACAAAGUAGAGAACCACAUGUUUACAUCCGAUAUCCACCUGAUACCCGGAGACGGCAGCCUCUCUCCGACGUGUGAAACCAGCAUGUGACUGUAAAGAGAAGCUCCGAGGGACUACAGACCCACUGCGACCUCAGCCUGGUGUGUGGGAGAGCAGCAAAGAAAAGACAAGGAUGCAGUUGUAGUGAAAGAUAUUUUUGCAUGGCAUGACAAGUCCCUUUUACUUGUGUUGUUGUGUUUUGCAGAUAAAGAAACUGCAGUGCUCCGUGCAGAUUUGAGAAUGACUCUGGGGCAAACAGUGGGCUCGAAGAGGAGGCUCUCGGAAAAACAGAGGGAAUUCAUUAACUUAUGUAGACAUUUUGAUCCUCCCAAUGUACAUAAUGACAGUCUCCUUUUUUCUAGCAGAAGAAGGAAAUGCACAGAGGGACUUAUAUGUAAAAAGCAUGCAUUUAAAAAAGACAGAUAUUUUACGGUGCUUAGUUUGCUGAAAGCGCUCCACUGUAAAUACUAGGACAUCUAAAGGCAAUGACAAUGCACAGGAUGGCAACGGAAAACCGUCACUGAAGGUACAAAUAUUUGAAAUGUGAAAAGGGAGGGGUGGGAGGGGUUGAAUUGAGAGCCCUCAGCCUGGGUGUUGCAUCGUAGCGACCUAUAAAAAAAAAAACAUAUCAUUACCUUUUGUGGAAAUGCAAAGUGUUCCCAUGACGACCCUGUAAUGUUUUUUCGUGUGAAAAAUGGUGUAUGAAACUGUAACGUUGACAUUGUUGCUUUUGGUUUUCAUAACGACUGUUGAAUUUUCAGUUGAGCAUCCGAUAUUCAGUCACCUUGAUUCCCCCAAACGCGCAUACACCUGUAGUUGCCAAAUACGUAUGUAGCCAGUAAGGACGGGAACUAGCAGAUACUACCGCUACUGAAAAUAUUUAUUACGUGGUUUCAGAAGUUACAACAAGGUUUAAAGUGUUUUUAUUCCUUGUUCAAGUCUUUUGAUUCCAUCCAAAUCACAAAAAUAAAUCUUAUUUACUCUACGACAUCAGAUAUAUACAACUAAAAGUAGUUUUAAGAUAGAAUAUGAAAUACGUAGGUGUAGAUUGGUUGUUGAAAAAUUCUACAGUAGGUAAGUGAGAUUCCAUGAAACAGAAUUAAGACUAUUUAUUUAUUUAUUUAUUCAGCACAAUAGAUCUGGUCAUUAAUACACACAUAUAUAUGCUUUACACUAUCUAUUUUGGCAAUUCAAAAGGGAUAGACUAUCACAAAAAAAUGACAAUAUUCCUUCUGAUAUCAAUGGACCAAAUCAAGCACACUGAUAAGCUUUCAUCUAUCUCAGCUGCAUAGAAACAUAUACAGUAAUAACAUGUAUUAUUAGUAUAUUUUUUGUUUUCCUUAUGGUUUGUUUACCUGCAUUGUGUUCAUCAUCCUAUCCUCAGCGCCCUGAUGUCGUUGUUGACAUUUGUUCCAUACUACUGCGAGUUUAUCCCAUCCUGCUGAUAUGUUUAAGGCAUCUUUUUUUUGUAUAUCCGUAGUGUCUUGGACUGUAAUUUAUUGUGUUUUAUUGUGAACAAAAACAAUUUUCAGUCAAACUUAAACCCAAAGGAGUUGUUUUUUCUCUCUCGUCUUCUUUCUCGCUUUUGUUUUACACUGACUGAAAAUACCUGUUGUAUGUUGCCUUUUGAUUCCAAUUUUAUUGCUGGAAGAUUUGUUUAUUGUUUCAGCAUGACACUUGGCUGAGUGUAUUAGUGUAGAAGUGUGUUUGUGAAAGCCACACAAACCGGAAUGGUACUGAAAGGAAGCACGUGGGUGACUUCUUUGUUUGUUUGUUUUGUUGUUUUCUUUCUUUUUCGUAUUAUUAUCAUGUUUUUCUGUUCUCACAGAGAGGUGUGGAAUGUGCAAUACCGCAUACUGCAAUCUAUGCAGGCCAAGAAUUGUGGCACUUUAUUUUCUGUCUAUGGGAUUUGUAAGUGUACAGGCAGAAAUGACUUGUAUUUUUUCAAAUGUUAUAUCUUUAAUAUGAGGCAAAACAGUAUUACAACUACCAGAAUCUCACAAACAAUGCAAAUGAGAAUUGGACUUUUACUUUUUCGUAUUAUAUGGCUGUUAUGUGCUGUCUAGCACUUUGAUGCCAGAUAUCAAUGGACCUCAAAUUUGAUGGGAAUAGGGAUCCAAAUUGACCACUUUGGGCCUUUUAUAUUGCUGUUAGAUUUACAUACAAAUCUAACUAAUGUCUGUGGAAGAUAUUAAGAUAAUCUAAUUCCAAUGGCCACACAAAGGAUUUUAUGUUUUUUGUGAAUUAACGUUGAGAAUGAUUCUAUUUUUUCUAAACCAAAAUGGAGCACGACCACAAUUUCCUGCCAUAUGGUGGUUGAAAUGAUGCGUGCCUUUUCAUAACACCGCUGUUUAUGAGAAGGUAGCAAGUCAUUUUGCUUUGUUCAUAUAGCACUGUACAGAAAAUUCUAAUUUUAUAGGAGAAAUCAGGUCUUUAUGUAAUAGAUACAAGUAAUGUUAUUGAGUUCUCAGGUUUUCUAUAACUCUCUGAUGUUCCGAUUGGAUAGAUUCUCUGUUUUUUCUUUAACAGCUAAUGUCAACUAGUUACUUCUGUACUUUUUGAAAGGUGAUGUUGUCAAAUCCACAUUGAUGUCUUGGCUCCUGGGGUAAGGAGCGGCAAUAUUUCUCCCUCCUCCUGGGUAAUCUGUGUACCACCAUUCAGUAUCCACCCCCAUCAGUGUUCAGUGAGGCAGGAAGGAGCACCAACAAAGGGACAGAAGUUUGACUGUUAGAGUUGACUGCAGAAAGGGCAGGAAGAGAUCCCUACCGUCGCUGAACUGAUACAUCUGAUUAUUUCCCAUGCUGACACCACUCAGUGCUCCAAUCCCUACAGCUUCAGAGGCUCUAACUUCAUGGCAUGCCCUCAGGCACAGUGAUCAAUGGGUAAAAGGAGUGCCAGGAUAAGGGAAGGCUAUGAGAGGUCGAAUGAAAUUGAGUCUUCCCAAAUGGUUCCAUCUUAUUAGUGAUUAGUUGUGGUCCAUAUUUCCUUUUGUCUGUGUACAUACUGUAUGCCCAGACCAACAUACUUUAACUCCGUAAUAAGAGAUACAGCUCUUUGAAAUGUUUGAUCCCCCAUUUGAAACAGAUUCUUUGGUAUUCUCCAAAGUAAGAAUGCGGGGUCAGCGGUGGUUGUUUAAUUUUUUAAAUGAUAACCUUCUCGUUAAAGCUAUUUUUUUCUGUACCCGUAUGUUCAAUUUAACGUUUUUCCCCUUCCAUCCCUUGUUUGUUGUAAUCAUGUCUCUGAGUAAUCCUUCAUUUUGACAGGUAGGGUAAAGAAACAAGGGAGUUGGAUUGAUCAGCUAUGUUCCCUUGAGAUGAUGUUUGUGUGGAUACUGAAAUUAAUUCUGUUCAGCUGACAGUGAAAGGACUGUGCUCUGUCUUGCUGUCUCACAAUGGCAUUAUCAUCUGUGAUACCGUACAGAGUGGAAAGGUUGUGUCUUUAUUUUCUCUGAGAGAAUGGGUAUUGUCCGUGUCACUCAUGCGUGCUUACCAAACCUUGCUCCCUGAAAUGCAUACAUUGUUUCUUCUUAUGUCUCUUGUGUAUUCUGCCUCUUAACCGUUUUCGAUUUUGUUUUUUUCUUCUGUUCAGCUUUUGGAGAACAUUAUCAUUAGACACAUUCAGAGCUACAGACUGUUUCUGUACAAAGCGACAUCUUUGUAGGCCUAUGCAUGUAGUAGUCCGACCACAGAACACUUUGUUAUGGUACAUGUAUGUCAACAUUUCUGUAGAGCAUUGUUCCCCAUUACGUCUAUUAGCAUAUGCAGAAUAACAAAUAAAUGUGUAUAUAACUCA